CUAGUUUAUCCUACAAUGGAACGAGCUUUAGAGCUAGCUUUGGAUCGUGCUGACGAUAUCAUUGAAAGUGUCCAACGGAGACCUCCUGAAAGAAAAUACUUAUCUAGCGGGGAAAAAUCUAUAUCUCAAAAACUUUAUGACUUAUAUGUUGAGGAAUGUGGAAAAGAGCCCGAGGUUACCCAGGAUUUAAGAAGCAAUGUGAACUUGUUAGAGAAGCUUGUUACACAAGAGAGAUUGCCAUGUUUAGUGGUCAGCCUCUACCCAGGAAAUGACGGAUAUUCUCUGGUGCUGAGGGGAAAAAAUGGAACAGAUACUGAAACCAUUCGACUGCCUUAUGAACAGGAGGAAUUGCUUGAAUACUUGGAUGCAGAACAAUUGCCUCCUGUUUUGGUUGAUCUCCUAGAAAAAUCACAUGUUAAUAUGUUUCAUUCUGGAUGUGUCAUAGCAGAAAUACGAGACUUCAGGCAGUGCAGUAAUAGGGAAUCUCCUGGUUACCAAAGCAGGCAUAUUCUCUUACGCCCAACAAUGCAGACUUUAAUCAGUGAUGUGAAUUCAAUAACAAGUGAUAACCACAAAUGGACUCAGGAAGACAAACUUUUGCUUGAGAGCCAGCUGAUCUUGGCUACAGCUGAACCCCUGUGUCUUGAUCCUUCUGUAUCAGUAACCUGCACUGCAAACAGACUGCUGUAUAACAAGCAGAAGAUGAACACUCGCCCAAUGAAACGGAGUUUAAAGAGGUAUUCCUGGUUCUCUCAGAAUCAGCAGCAGGAAGUGUCUCAUUGUCCACCUCCUCCUCAGCUAACAUCAUUGCCUUCUUCCACAGAAAGGAAAGGAAGAAAGGCAGAUGAGCAUUAUGACCUCAAAAUCUGUAAGUCAGAAAAUUGUGUAGAUAUGUGGAAACACAGUCCCUGUAAUUUGGACAUACCUUCAGAAGUGGAUGUGGAGGAAUAUGUUAAGUUUGGCGAGUCUAUAACAUGGGAGGACCCACAACUGACAAUCUGGCCAGACCAUGAUCUAAAAGAUGAUUAUGGAUUUGAAUGUGAAGCUGGCAAUUAUGAUCAGAAUACAAAAAUGAACAUCAUGAAAUCACUUGAUGAUCCAUUUAUCUCUGGUAAAACACAGCCGUGUACAGAUGAUGAAGAUAGCGAUAGCCAGAUACCUCCCUGCCACUACUCCAUAGAUGACCAUUCAGAUUGGUUCCUGAUGGAAUCAAUGGCUGAUGCUGAGUGUGCACUCGGUCAGUACCAGGAAUUGGUCCAGAAGGAAGCCCAAUGUCCAGCCACGAUGUCACACAGCUCCAGUGGCUCAGCCAGUCCACAUCGCCUUUCUCUAGGGAAGGAAGUUGUGUCGGUUCAGUCUUCAGCAUCAGGGAAGGGAGUGAAAUGCUGUCGACCACCCACCAAACUUCCCUCAAGCUCAGGAGCUCAUUCUUCAGGUAACAGUUUUACUCCAAAACAGGCAAGCAGCUGUUUUAAAGCUCCAAUUCCUUCCUCUGCUUCUGAGCCACCAUGUCUUUCUUGGAAAUUAUCCAUGAAUCCCAGUCAAGCCAUUAUGCCUUCUCCAGCUGCUUCAUCACCUUCUGGCUCAUCACAGACAGUCACGGCCACCCAGGUGAUGGCCAACUCUGCUGGACUGAACUCAGUUAGUGUAGGGGGCUCAGCUGGUAGAGUGCAGGCUGUCGUGAGUGGGUCAAACCCCGUGCUGAGCAGUACCCCUGCAGCCACAACUCCUGUAGGAAUAAAUCUGAAUGGCCAUUCAGCCUUGGGAGAUCCCCUACCAAAUGCAGUGCCAGGGGCAGCACAGCUGGGGGCAGUGCAAACAGAGGCAGUGAAGCCAGCUUCUCAAGAAACCAUUUCCCUUGUUUUAAAAGAUGCUUCACAUCUCAGGCCCUUAACUCUACUCCAGCUUCCAAGAGGUUCAUUUGUUCUGAACACUCUGCCACAGCAGCCGCAGCAGAGCUCUCAGUUGAUGCCACAGCAACCACUUCAGCAGCCCACAACUUUUGUUCCUCGACAGCCAAGUGUACACCGUCCCCAGCAAGCUUCUGCCAGUCAAGUACAGGCCUUCUCCGCUCAGCCAGCUGUUGUUGUUAACCUCACCAGGUUAGGAACUUUUGUGCAGUCCCAAGCCACGUUGUCUCAGCGUGGCUCUGCCCAGAAGAAAUCCCAGCAAAGCCUUCCUCAGCCGAGAUUCCAGUUCUUCCCUGCCUUUCCACAGCAGCACCAACAAGUAUACCAGUUGAGAAUCGUGCAGCUUCCAGCGGCUGCGGUUGCAGCAGUGGCCGCACCAGCAGCUCGGUCACUGCAGCCUCGGCCUCAGGAUGCAGGCAGCCAGUCCAAAGGUAAAAUGAAGUUACACCCCAAAGUUCGGAGUCUUGCAUUAUCUCUUUCUCAAACACAAGAGCAUUGGAAGAAAAGGAUAGAGUUUUUACUUCAUGUUUGUUUCUUAAAUGUCAGUGGCUUACAUUGCUACAUAAACAAUCUUUAUACAGAAGCACAGCCCUACGAUUUAAAAAUAAAAGCAGGGAAGGGAUUUAAUGAUCUAAGGUUUGUGCCUAAGUCACUGCUUCUAUGA